GAUCUUCCUCCUCCCCCCAAUUUAACCCCUUUUUUUUUAAAAAAAAAAUUGAAUAAAAUCUUCUUGAAUCUUGUUUUAUAUCCUUCUUUUGAUCUUUUUUUUCUGGAGCUUGAUCUAUCCUCUUCAUUUUCAAUCUCCAAGAAUCGGUUGAGAUCGGAUUCAGAUGGCGGCGUCAAGAUGGUUGCAUGACCUCUCAUCUUAACCAGGGAACAAGAUCUGCGUCGACUAUGCCCAAAAGAAUUUGCAAUGGGCUUUGGUCUCCUAUGGCAUCUUCAUGUGUUUGGAGUGCUCCGGCAAGCACUGUGGUCUCGGCGUCUAUGUUUCUUUCGUCAGGUCUGUUACCAUGGACUCUUGGUUUCGAUGGAGGUGAAGCAGGGAGACCAGGCUGCGUUUGCUGCGGCUGCUCACGAAGGAGAUGAGGUGGUGCCCGGCGGGUGGAACGGGUUGGGCGGUUGGCGCGGGUCGAACGAGUCGAACGGGUUUGGACGGGCCAACUCUCAAAACGGGCCGAAGCAUGCACUCGGCCCGUUUUUAAGCCCGGGUCCGGUUGAACCGGUUCAACCGGCCGGGCCAGGCCGGGUUUUAAAACAAUGGUUUAUUGAUCUUAAUUUAAGAUAAUUAGAUUUAUUUAAUUAUCUUGAUUAAAAGUUAAUAGAUGUGAUUAAUUAAU